AUGGUUGUAGUCUUCAGACAUAUUGGACCAGUGGCCUGGGCCAGUGACAGGUUGAAAAUGUCAGUGAAGACUUGCACCAGUUGGUCAGCACAACUCCUGAGCACACGUCUGGGUGUGCCAUCAGGGCCAGCUGACUUACGUGGAUCUACUCUGCUCAGUGCUGAGUGUACCUCUGUUGUGGAGAGUGAUAUUGGAAGAUCAGCCAUGGAGGAGUCAUCAUUCCUGGUGUGUAUGACGCCCUGGUCAAAUGUGACAGAGGUUUUUGUACGAUGGCUUCAUAGGAAUGUAUCACUGUGGUGGACUUUUGGUGGAGGAACCAAACUCAUUAUGAAAACUGGUCCGAUGGUGAAGCCCUCCGUGUCUCUGCUCCCUCCCUCCUCUCUGCAGCGCUCUGAGGGAACGGCCUCACUGCUCUGCCUGCUCUCGGCCUAUUCUCCACAGGGGGCGCUGCUGAGCUGGACCGUGGAUGGUGCUGAGGUAAAUGAAGGGGUUCUGACCAGCACAGAAGAACAGAAGAACGGCGUCUACAGCCGCAGCAGCACCCUGACCCUCAGCAAAGAACGCUGGGAGGAGGCUGAGGUGUUCGGCUGUACCGUCUCCCACCACGACACCACUCAGGUCGCCUCGUUCCGAAAGAGCCGCUGUGAAGUCCACUAGAAUUCAAGUGUACACUUUAAACCAUGCUUAGCAGUCUGAGGUGAUGUCAGUGGUGUAGCUCUGCUGAAAUAAA